GCUCCACAUGAGCUGACAUCAUCUUCAAUGGUGUGCCGACAGAUAGGGAAAUCACAUCUGGAAAAAACGCUUCUAUGGCUGAAAAAUAUUCCUCUACCACCCUCGCGAAAUACCUUGAUGGAGAAUUCUGGGAAGUUAAGGAUCAAAUUAGGAGAGAAAUCUCCAUCUGUGAAUUGUUUCAAUCAAACAGUUACGACCUCACUCUGGACGAGACAAGGGACUUGACAGUCGAGAGACUCCACUACUUUUUAAAACUGCCACUGAUACGAAGCCAGCUCAUAGACCAGGUAAAGGAAGAUGGCCAGAGGGGCUUUCUGGCUAAAAGCCUGGGAAUCACAGAGCUUCUGUGCUCUGCAGAUAUGGCAACUGGAGUAAAGUUGGGUGUCGUUUGUGGACUAUAUGGGGGUGCCGUCACCAACCUAGGGAGCUCAGUGCAAAAGGAGCGGUGGUACUUACCUGUGUCGGAGCUGAAGUUUACUGGGAUGUUUGCCAUGACCGAGAGAGGGCACGGGAGCAAUGUCCGUGGAAUCCUGACUGAAGCCCAUUAUCAACCUUCCACUCAGGAGUUCAUCAUCCACACACCAUGCGAGGAUGCUCAGAAGAUGUACAUUGGCAAUUCAAUGAAGGGAAACUUUGCCGCUGUGUUUGCUCAGCUUACUGUAAAUGGAGAGUCUCAAGGUCCGCACUGUUUCGUGGUCCCCAUCCGAGAUGAGGACAAGACCAUGCACCCUGGAGUCACCGCUAUUGACAUGAAGCACAAGGAAGGCCUUCAUGGAGUUGACAAUGGGAUACUGAUAUUCAACAAAGUUAGGAUACCACGGGAAAACCUUCUUAACAAGUUUGGUACAGUUUCUGAGGAUGGAGUGUACUCCUCUCCGAUUCAGAGCAAGAGCAGACGCUUCAACGCCAUGCUGGCGGCUCUGACACCCACGCGCCUCGGCCUCACUGUCCAGGCCAUGGCAGCCAUGAAGUUGGGGCUCAUCAUUGCAGUACGCUACAGUCACAGUCGGAGACAGUUUGGGCCCAAGGACCAGGAUGAGGUGAAGAUCAUCGAGCACCAGACCCAGUACCUGAGACUCAUGCCACACCUGGCCGCUGCCCUGGCGCUCACCUUCACCACCAGGUAUGCAGCACGGCUGAUAGACGAUGCCCUGUUUGCGGGUCAGGACCUUCAGAGUGAUCGCUCCCUGCAGGCUCUAGUGGCCGGCCUGAAGGCCUACAGCACCUGGGAAAACUUGGCAUGCCUUCAGGAGUGCCGCGAGUGCACAGGGGGCAUGGGCUUUAUGAUGGAGAACAGGAUCCCAGCUCUGAAGUGCGACUCCGAUGUCUUUGUGACAUUUGAAGGAGACAAUGUGGUCAUGCUACAGGUGGUGGUGCGUGAGCUGCUCAGCCAGUACACCAAGCAGCUAGGCAACAACGUUGUGGCCGGCCUCAUCAGAACCUGGACCAGUUCCGCCUCAGACAGCCUCAGAACCAGUUUCCUUGGCUUCAAUGUGGAUAAAGUGGGUGAUCUGAGUUUCCUGCUGAAAGCUGUAAGCUAUCGGGAGAGAGUGCUGCAAAGAAGCUUGGCUACCAGGCUCUAUAAUAAGGUUGAGAAGAACAAAGACGAGUUUUUCGGGGCUUGGAACUCCUGUCUCCAUCAUGUCACCGGCCUGGCCUUGGCUCAUAUUCAUCGAGUGACAUUGGAGCAGUUUGCACUGGCUAUUCAAGAAUGCCAGGUUGCAGAAGACCACGCCUUGCUCACAAAAUUCUGCCUCUUGCACGGCACUAGUUUGGUGUACCAGGAGAGGGCUUGGUACCUGGAGCAUAAGUACUUGACCCCAAGCACUAGCAGACAGAUCCGCACCCAGCUGUUGGAGCUCUGCAAGUCUGUCAAGGAUGUGGCCUUGAAGGUGGUGUCGGACUUCAACAUCCCGGCGUGCUGCAUUCAGGCUCCGAUCGCUGGAGUGGCCAACCCGAGGGCCGAAUGGGCCUUCUAUUCCCAGCCGCAGAUUCCGUCAGCACAGAAAAUGCUCUCGAAGCUCUGAGGCCGGCCAGAGUGGACGAGGGAAACCAACUAACUCACUACUAAUGUAUGACUGUCCAAACUGGACAUGCGAACAGGCCUACAUAUGUGGAAUUUUAACAUCUGUAAAGAUAGACUUUGUAUUAUGCCUCUGUUACCUUGUAAGACACCACGUGUGGAGUUAAUUAUAUAUUAAGUCAAGUUCGAUUUCUGUUUUUGUUUUGCUGCAUAUGCCUUAUGUUGUGUCUUUGUUGCCAUGGGAUUCACAGGGAUGUCAGUCAUACACUAAAACAUGAUCCAUAUAGCCUAUAUCUCCAGGCUAUCAGAAUGUUCUGUUAUGUAUGACUUUUUUUUUUUUUUUUUUUUCAUGAAAGGACCAUUUA